GCUCUCUCUCUCUCUCUCUCUCUCUCACGCAUUCUGCCUGGCCACCAAUCCAAGGAAGUGAAAGAAGCAUCCAACACAACCAUCACUACUGCAUUGCCCACGCAGAGAUCCACGAGCAAGAAGCUCUGCCAUCCCAGAACUGCCCCUCGACUCCUCUCUCUCUCUCUGAUAUCUGCAACUUUAUCCUUUUUUAUAUUCACAUCUUAAUUGCUGCGUUUUUGUCUCCAUCCCUUAUUAAAGAGAUUCCUUUCCUUCGUUAACACCCUUCUUGUCUCUGCAUCUCCUCCCUUCCCCUGGUCUCUUCGCUCAAUCCCUUCAUAAUAUCCCUGCUGCUGGAACAGCAAAGCUAUCAGCUUCAGAUCUUGGUUCCACCUCUUUGCGUCCUGGCCAUCUGCAUUGCUCGGAGUGCUAUAAAAAUCGCUCCUUUCUUCUCAUAAUGCCGCUGGCGGUUGGAAGCUGGGCUCGAGAAGUCCUCCUCUGCGUUGGGUUGCUUGCUUGCUUGUUCGUGUUGGCAUUUGGUGGAGAGCAUGACGGCGUUAACAUCUGGCCGAUGCCCAAGUCGGCGAGCCAUGGCUCGCAGAUGCUGUUCUUGAGCAAGGAUUUCGUGCUGUCGACGCAGGGAAGCAAGUAUGGAGACGGUUCCGAGCUGCUGAAGGAAGCAUUUGACAGGAUGAUUGAUGUGGUUGAAGUGAAUCAUAUCGUUGAUGGCCGCACGCCAACCUCUUCGGUGCUUGCUGGCUUAAAUGUGGUGAUCUUGUCACCUCAAGAUCAGCUGAAUUUUGGGAUCGAUGAGUCCUAUAAACUGGAUGUUCCUGCUGCUGGGAAACAUAUGUAUGCACGUAUUGAGGCACAAACUGUUUACGGAGCACUUCAUGCUUUGCAGACUUUCAGCCAACUGUGUCAUUUUAAUAUCUAUAAGAGAAUUGUUGAAUUACAGUUGGCUCCUUGGUAUAUUUUAGAUCAACCAAGAUUCCCAUAUCGGGGACUUCUUAUUGAUACAUCACGACAUUACCUACCCCUCCCAAUAAUAAAAGGUGUUAUAGAUUCAAUGGCCUAUAGUAAGUUGAAUGUGGUUCACUGGCAUAUCGUGGAUAAGCAAUCCUUCCCCUUGGAGAUACCAUCAUAUCCAAGACUGUGGGCUGGUGCAUACUCCUACUCUGAGCGAUAUACUAAGGCUGAUGCUCUUGAAAUCGUACAGUAUGCAGAAAGAAGGGGAGUAAACGUGUUGGCUGAGAUUGAUGUGCCCGGCCAUGCUCUCUCAUGGGGUGUGGGCUAUCCUGAUUUGUGGCCCUCAGCUGAAUGCCAAGAACCACUUGAUGUCAGUAAAGAGUUCACAUUCAAAGUAAUUGAUGGAAUUCUUUCUGAUUUCACUAAGGUUUUCAAGUUCAGGUUUGUCCAUUUGGGCGGUGAUGAAGUUAACACAAGCUGCUGGACCAACACUCCUCAUAUAAUUGAAUGGUUGAAUAAACAUGGAAUGAAUGAAUCUCAGGGCUACAAGUAUUUUGUUUUGCGUGCACAAAAAAUAGCAUUAUCACAUGGAUAUGAAGUCAUCAAUUGGGAAGAGACUUUCAACAACUUUGGGAGUCAACUCAGCCCAAAAACUGUGGUUCAUAACUGGCUUGGUGUUGGAGUAGCACAGAAGGUGGUGGCGGCCGGACUGAGAUGCAUUGUGAGCAACCAGGACAAGUGGUACUUGGAUCACUUGGAUGUCCCAUGGCAGAAGUUCUACAUGAAUGAGCCCCUUACAAACAUCUCCACGCCUGAGCAGCAGAAAUUGGUCAUUGGUGGUGAGGUGUGCAUGUGGGGAGAAAGUAUUGAUGCCUCUGAUAUCGAGCAAACCAUCUGGCCUCGUGCUGCAGCUGCUGCAGAGAGGUUGUGGACUCCUCUUGACAAACUAGCGAAGGACCCAAGGCAAGCCACAGGAAGAUUGGCUAGAUUCAGAUGUUUGCUCAACCAAAGGGGGGUUGCUGCUGCGCCGGUAGCAGGACCAGGCAGAACUGCUCCAUUGGGCCCUGGUUCUUGCUACAAGCAGUGAACAGCCAUUAAGAUCAUCGACAGCAGUGCUUGCAUGAUGCUAAGAGAGGAUCAGCCAUUGUUGCCGGCCUUUAUGGGGGGUAAAUUAGUAUUUAUAUGACAAUAGUUAAUCAGUUUCUGCUGAAAUCUUGCUGAUUAUUGUCAUUCAAGCAAACCCAAAAAAUAAAAUUUCUGCUGUGGAGCAAAUGUGACAUAAUAAUGUUUCUUUUUGUCGAUCGUUGACAUGUUUAAGAUUAACAAAUUAGUUUUCCUGA